AUGUCAGCACUCAUUCUUAUGGGCUUAAUGCCCAGGGAGGGCGAGCAUUCGCUAGCGGCGCGAUUGACCAGCUCCGUGGAACUUGAUAUCGACCCUCUCCCAUUGGUUCAACGACGAGGCCUGAUAGCAAUUUCGAUCAUGGCUCUCCUGUCACUCCUUGCAACCGCAAGUCUCCUCGGCUUUAUCACAUAUCGGCUUGUGUUCUGGCGCGGCAGCUAUUCACGAUACAUCGGUUACAACCAGUACAUUAUCCUGAUUUACAACCUGGUUCUAGCCGAUUUCCAACAAUCACUUGCAUUCAUUAUCUGUCUGCGAUGGAUCUUUACCGACAAGAUCAAGUCCGGUACCGCUGGUUGCUUCCUCCAAGGACUUUGGCUGCAGAUUGGAGACCCUGGCAGUGGUCUGUUUGUGCUUGCUAUCGCCUUUCAUACAUUCCUUUUGGUCGUCUGGGGACGUAAAAUGUCCUACAAAUUCUUCGUCUGCUUCGUCGUCGGCGUGUGGGCCUUCGUCGCUCUAAUGGUUAUCAUUCCUUUGGCAAUGCACGGCGGAGAUGUCUUCGUGCCCUCCGGUGCCUGGUGCUGGAUUAGCGAGGAAUACGAAACCACCCGUCUAUGGACUCACUACAUCUGGAUUUUCUUGGCAGAGUUCGGCACGGUCGCCCUUUACGCUGUCAUGUACUUCCAACUGCGCCGACAAAUCAAGGCAUCAGCAAUUCUCGGAAACAGCCAACUGGAGAGUCUGAAGCGUCUACGCCGCGUCGUCGGAUACAUGACCAUCUACCCCAUUGUGUAUAUUAUUCUUUCCCUGCCUCUCGCCGCCGGACGUAUGGCCACAGCAAACGGAGAUCCCCCAAGCAUGACAUUCUUCUGUUGUGCCGGUGCGAUCAUCACCAGUUCCGGUCUGGUUGAUGUUAUUCUGUACACGCUUACCCGUCGCAACUUGAUCAUCGACUCCGAGCCCAGCCACGACCGCUCCUACAACAAAUUCGCCAGCAGCAAGGGCAAGCGCGGUGAUACGCACCUGACAACCAUUACUGCCGAUCCCAAGCGCAAGAUGGGUGGUGGUACUUUCAACGACGAUCUCGACGGCUCAACAGACAACAUCGUCUCGCCUAGCCCUCACCCCGUUCACGCCCAUGAAAUGGCCCCCAUCGGAAAGGUGUACCAAGAGACAACGAUUGAAAUUACCCACGAACCUGCUUUCCCUGAAGAAGGCGCCAGCGAGCGCUCAAGUAAGGACGAUUUCCCUUCCGAAAUGCCUUCUCACCGCGGAUGGCGGAGAUGA